CCAGAAUUAUGUUGUCAAAAAUAUGGGUGUCCCCCUAGUUAAUUUUUUUUUUCUCAUUUACAAAUUACAACACAUAAUUUCAACAAGUUUUGUCAACAACUUUCAAGCCGCUAUAAUCCUUUUCCCCUUUCAGAGCCUCUUGUAGAACCUCACGGAAGCAAGUCGAAUGGCUGCUGCAUUUACAUAUCAUCCCAAACCCCAUCAUCAUCUUCUUCAUCGUUCUGCAGAUUCAUUCAAGAAACCAUCUUUCAGGCCCAGGCCUUCUCCACCCCCACCAGGAGCCACCGCCAGUUCAGCCACCAUCCCGACCAUGGCAGAGAUCAUGGAGAGUUGCAGAGCACGGAAUCUGGAUCUCCAGCUCCGAUCAGUGGGGCCCUUUUUCAGAGUAACGGCGAGAAACAUGAGAACGCAGAACGAGGUGGGGUGGGCCCAAGGGGUGACCAGGGUCUGGUUUGGGGGCAGAAUCCUGCACCUGGACUCCAUUAGAAUGGGGAGAGAGACGGUUGGGAUGGAGAAAUCCAUAUUUGGGAUUGGUGUUUUCGUUGGGGCAGUGGCAAUCAGGCAUGGGUAUGAUUCUGGGUGUACCAAAGCGGAGCUGCUCGCCAUUAAUGACUCUCAUCUCUACCACUCCAAGCUGGUGAGGUUCUACAAGAGAAUUGGGUUCAAAGUGGUGCAUGAAGUGAAGGGUGAGUCCCUGGGAGAUAUAGGGCACAUGUUAGUUUGGGGAGGUAUAGGCACCAGAAUGGAUGCCAACCUUGAAGAUCUCCUCAUCAAAUGGGGCCCAAAAUUCAAACCAAUUGGACUCGAGACCGGGACGACACCGUAAAUCUCCCACAAUUGAACUGAUUGAUAACUAGAGCUGGCUAAGAGGUGGGUCAGAUUUGAUACUUUCAUAGUUUCAUGUGUAUAUCAUUCCUGAAAUGUACUCCGUAUCGUUUCUCUCUUGUAAGUAAA